AUGGUAUCCUCUUGAUAUGUCACGCUAUGCUGUUGAUGAAUACUGACAACGUAUCCCCGCCAGUAACCGCUGUACCGGCCAAGUUGGCCUUUGCCCCUGAAAUCGCACCCACUACGACAAGCGCCAUAAACGAAACUCUUAGCAAACACGCUCCCCUGCUGCAAAAGGGUAUUCCCGAUAUACACCGAGCCUCAUCGGGCCUCGCCGGCCUUCCCAAACUGAGUGAAAGUAGGCUCAUGCGUCCUCUUCACCGUUUUCCCAAGUUUCCGUUGAUUAUUCCUUAGUCCUGGCUUGCCCAUUCAUCCCAUUGUUCAGUCCAGCACGUCUUCAUCCUGCACAUGCCUGCCCCUGACGGAUACUAACGUAUCGGUUGUCUUAGGCGCAGAAUGGAUACAACUGUGUAGGAAUUACUUAUUUCGUGAAGCGCCUCUGCCUAUUGCAUAUUCAUACCAAUUGUUGCCGUGGUGGUGCAUGUGGUAAUGCUGAGGAAAGCUGUGUACAGCAACCUUUAUGCACCCGAGGCUCCUUUGGAGUAAAAGUAUCUUCUCAUUUGCCCUACACGCAACGAGUCUUGGUUAUACUCUCGCUUACGCGGAGUUGGCGCAGAUCUAGUUCUUCUACCCCAUAGGCUAGAGCUACCGCGGCUUUCCGCUUUGUACAGAAUGAAGCUGACGUUCAGGACCAUAGCUGGGAAAAGCUUCAAUUUGGAGGCGGAAGAGAGCCUCUCGAUCGGCGCACUCAAAGACAAGGUGCAAGAGGCGCAGUCGGAAUGCCACCGAGAGUCCAUGAAGCUUGUCUACAAGGGAAAAGUGCUGGACGACGCUACAACAGUGGGGGAUAACCAGAUCACAGAGCAGGGCUUCAUUGUCGUCUUCAUUCAGCCCAAGAAGGCGGAGGCGCCAAAGCCUGCUGCCGCGCCAACUCCGGCUGCGACGGAGCCCGCAGCUGCUGCCGCCCCGGCGCCAGCUGCUCAGGCCCCGGCCGCUGCCGCACCGCCCCAACCUGCACCUGCUGCUGCCCCGGCCGCUGCGCCCGCCCCGGCCGCCGCCGCCCCCGCCCCCGCUGCCGUCGCCCCCGCGGACGCCUACACCGCUGCCGCCUCGGGACUGCUCGCGGGCUCGCAGCUGGAGACCGCAAUCAGCAACAUCUGCGAAAUGGGCUUCCCCCGAGAUGAGGUGAUGCGGGCCAUGCGUGCCGCCUUCAACAACCCAGAUCGCGCCGUGGAGUACCUCAUGACUGGCAUCCCCGCCAACGCCGGGCCGCCGCCGCCGGCCCCGCAGGCGCAGGCCGGCGCAGCGCCACGCGCCCCUGCUGCCGGCCCCGCCGCGCAGGCCGCACCCGCCCCUGGCGCCGCGCCCGCCGCUGAUGCCGGCCCCAAUGCGCAGCCCUUCAACAUGUUUGGCGGCCCCGCCCCAGGUGCCGCUGGCGGCGGCGAGGGCGGCCUGAAUCCGGCGCUGGCCGCUCUGCGGGACAGCCCCGCCUUCGCUGCCCUGCGCGCCGCUGUGGCCCAGGACCCCCGGUCGCUGGUGCCGCUGCUGUCGCAACUGGGCCGCACCAACCCCGAGCUGGUCCAGGUGAUCAACCAGAACCAGCAGGACUUCCUGCGAAUGCUCAUGGAGCCGGGAGAGGGAGACGACGACGAGGGCAUGCUGGGCGGCGGCGAGGGCGGCAUGGUGAUCGAGCUGAGCGAGGAGGACGAGGCGGCCAUCACGCGGCUGGCGGCGCUGGGCUUCGACCGCAACCUGUGCCUUGAGGCGUACCUGGCGUGCGACAAGAACGAGGAGAUGGCGGCCAACUACCUGGCGGAGAGCAUGUUCGACUGAAGGGCGCAGCAGGGGGAGGGGAGCCACUCAGCCGCGGGGGAACACUGACCCUGACCGUAGUUCACCGGAAAUUGCUCAGCAGGGGGAUGGCUGAGUGGGGGGGUGGCUAGGCAGGGGCACGGGAAUGAGCGGGGAAGGGGUGGAUUGGGUAAUGGGGUGGUAAGGGGAAGGAGAGGAAGUCAAAGACCGGCUUGUGUGGCCGGCAGAGGAGUAGCGAAGGAAGGGGCGGCUGAAGGUGUGGUUUGAUUGCAGGGGGCACAUGGAUCGUUUGGACGACGUGGGAUUGCAUCUUGUACACCAAGUCUGGGCAUAUGAGUACAAGGCAGCUGGAUUCGUUGGGCAGCGCUCCGGGGGGUUAUUAACGCUGGCGCCGGGGCUGUACGAGCAAGCAGGCGGCAGGGUUGACACGCAUAGUACCGGUAGGUCAUGGAGCAACAAUAAGAAGUGGGUAAUGAGGCACCAGGAGGUACCCAGAGAGAAAACCCCCUCGAAGUGAGGCGCCGACAGGUCAUAAUAGCUUUCCUGCUUUCACCGGAACCCGGAAACCUUUAGCUUGUGCCGGCCAACUGUUAGGUCUCCUCAGCGCCUAACCUGUAAAGCCCGACGGUACAUA